GGAAUAUUUUAGGUGAAUUGGUUUUUAUGCAUCGGGAUGUCAAUAGCUAUCAUCCCAACCGAGAAUUUAGUGUAAAAAAAGUAGGACUAAUAUGGUGGUGAGGAAGUAUAUGCAACGAGGAGAUGCGCAAGCUUUAUUCUGUUGUUUAUAUGUAUAAUAAGAUGUGUCUACAGCUGUUUCGGAGAAGAAACUAUUGAACACUAAGACAUCUAGAUAUCGUGAAAAUCGAUUUCUCCGUUUUUUGUCGUGGUGGACAGGGCGAGGUGAUGGUGAUGCGAAGUGCUAGUAUUACGGAUGCAAUACAUACUGUAGAUGCUUCCACGGCUGCAGCAAGCGCUACGUAUGUUGACAAUAUGCUGCCCGAUGAACAUGAAAGCGUUUUUGUGGAGAUUCCUGUUGAUAAAAGCAAUGAAAUGGAAAUGGGGGUGGAACAUGAGCGUCAUGUUCCACAUCAUCAUGAUAGUCGACAAACAAUUGGCAAGAUAAAUGAUGAACUAAGAUUUUCGAUCAUUGAUGCCGUUUAUCUUCGGCCUGCAAUUUGGGAUCACGGUCGAGAACUGAGAAAUUUGGGCCAGCGAAAAGAUCAUUUCAUCGAAAUUGCUGCACUUCUUAGUACCGACGAAAACUUGCUUUCUUGUCACGAUAUUGAGAAACAGUGGAAAAAUUUGAAAGAUUCUUACUUCAAACUUCGGAAGAAAGUAAAAAUAGAUGCUUCUGGGAAACUGGUACAACCACGCUGGAAAUAUUUUUCGGCUAUGAUGUUUCUUGAUCGGCUCAGUAAUGGCAGUGGUUCUUACUCAGAAGCAAAUACUUCAGUAUAUGAUGAAAUAGAUGCAGCAGUUGUUCAUCAGGAACCCUUUCUUGGGAAGAGAAAUGCUGACGGAAAUUUAACAGCUAUUGCCUCCGGGAGACACUUUGUUGAUGGACGAUGCAGGAUAAGAAAGGCCGUGAUUUCAGCUUCGAACACCAUUGACGGAGAGUCAGCUGAAUCGACAGUACUCGCUACAGAAGAUGAAUAUUCUGCCUUUUGUAAUUCGUUGAUCUACCCACUACGUGAGAUAGGCAGCAUGAAUCGACUGGAGUAUAUAAAAUUGCAAAAGGUGAUCCGUGAUGCAAUACACGAAAAGCAAAUGGAAUUAUUGGAAAAUGAAUCAGCAGAGCAAUAAGACUGAACGUUUGCAUGUGCUAGUCGUGCAUGAAAAAAAUACUAUAAAAUAUAGAAAUGAAUUGGCUUUUUCCCCUUAUUGAUUCGUCAGGACACUGGUUAUGAGAGCCUUGCACUAAAUGAAAGUUGUAAAUAAAACUUGGAAAAUUGUAAAGGAGAAUAAAAUGAAGAAAAGAGCAAUAAAUGUGAGACUGUCCACAUUUCCUAGCU